AUGCUUGGUUCGCAUUGCAUGGUCCCCGCACGAUCGCGUUUAAUGAAUAGCAACGAAGCAGGCACAUCUGCACCUUCAGAUCAGCAACCUUACGAUAAUGAGUACAACGAUCUCGACGAUCCGGUUGACGAUGGCGAUGUUGACAACGAAAACGACAAUGACGAUCUUUGGCAAGAUACCGAUUUGAUUCAAUACUGGGAUGCUGCACUCAAAGGAUAUAAGAGUUACUACAAUAAGGAAGAUAAUCCUGCAGUAUUAAUACCCGCACCCAAAAAACGGUCAGCUACCGCAAUAUCAAAACAGCAGCAAAAGAGCGUCACUGGCAAGCGAAAGCGCGUGUCGUUUGAUUUACAGAAGGAGCAAGAAGGGGAGGAAGGGGGCGAUGAUGGACGCAGUGUCCCGGAGACAUUUAAAGCGGCUCCUCCACAAAUGGCAGCAGAGGAAGAACAAGAAUAUGCGCAAGACCAACCGAAUGGCGAGGAAUAUCACGACCAGCAACAACAACACCACGAUGAUUAUAAUAAUUAUUACUACUAUUACGAUCAGCAACAACAACAACCGCAAUAUCCACAAACUGCUCCUCCACCACCUCCUCCACCGCCAUCAUUUUCAGGAACCAGUAGUAGUGGUAGUAGUGAAGUGGAUACUACACCGGUUAUUACCAAGCUCGAUACCGGAGGUCAAGGUAGCAUUAAUAAUGGUGGUGCAUGA